ACCAUUAAUAGAGCCAUGACAAUGCACAUCUCUCAUUUCAGUCAGCAUYACAACYKCUAUGAAGACCGUUUGUGGGGCUUUGCGUGCAAAGCCACGUUUYUCUCAGAGCCCGAGUGCKYCUGGUCUCCUUACGUAAAUGACUUCGACCAGGAGUUCACCUURGAAUGCCCCAAAAACAAUGUCCUCACCGGGAUGAACAGCUACCAUUCCAACCSCCAUGAGGACAGAAGGUGGAAGUUCUACUGCUGUCGAGUCAACAGCUACUGUAACCAGYASUGUCAGUGGACCCCCUACGUCAACGACUUMGAUGAGGUCAUGUCUUGGCAAGUCCCAAGCCUGAACUACCUAGUUGGGGCCGGAAGCUACCAUUCCAAUCCUCAUGAAGAUCGUCGCUGGAGAUACCAGUACUGCACACGGAAGUCAAACUGCUGAUAUUACAGCUGAUUAUUCCAUUCUUGAAUAAAGAUUGCCUAUUGCCUUC